AUGGGCGCGCGCAAGGGAGGAGGCAAGAAGAAGGGCGCGCGCAAGCGCAAGGCCAACGUGUGGGACGACGCCGAGCCCAAGGCCAAGCGCGGCGCCGUCUCGAGCGAGAAUGAGCCCAAGCCGCGCCGCGGCAGCUCCAAGGGCUCCAUGAUGGGCCAGUGGAAGACCAAGAAGAUCGCGCAGCGCUCCAAGGAGCGCAAGUUCUUCGCCUCCGUGGACGAUAAGAAGCGCUGGCAGCGCGAGCAGUUUCACGAGACGUGGGAGAAGACGGCCAACGCCAUUUACAAGGACGGGAGUGGGGACGAGGAGGACGACGAAGAGGAAGGAGAAGACAAUGAUGCGAUGGCCAGCGACAGCGACAGUGACAGUGACGGGGAGGACGCGCUGGGCGGCAAGAAGAAGAACUCGCUGUUUGACGAGUUCGUCAAUGCGUUUAAGCCUGCGGAGGUUGAAGAAAAUGAGGAGAAGGAUGAGGAGGAUGGAGAGAAGGAGGCGCAGGAGCAGGUUGACGAGGAGCAGCAGGUCGAAGAGCAGGUUGCGGCGAUGGAGAAGGACGAUGAAGUCGAGCUGGAAAACGAAGAGGAGGAGCAGGAGGACCCGUACCGUCGACGAUACUUGCUGAGCUCCUUCACAGAGCAGGACGCUCGUAAAUUCGACGCUCAGACUCGCAAGUUUGCGGAGGUGAAGCUGCCGGUGCUGGCGGAAGACGAGGCGUAUGAUGUGACGUACCGGACUGGAGUGGAUGCGGAGGUUAGCGGCGUGGCUGGAGUCGUCACGACGCCAGAGCAAGCGCAGAGCAAGAAAGCGUAUGUGCGCUCGAGGCUGUUCGCGGCCUGGAAGCAGCGCGGACUGGAUGCAGAGACGGCGUUUCCCAUGGGAUCCGUGGAGCGCUCGCUGUCGCAGCAGCUGUCGGCGUACACGGACGUCUUCUUCGCUGGCCAGACGUACGAGAACACGGCGACGCUGCGCCAGGUGAGCGCGAUGCACGUGCUGAACCACGUGCUCAAGGCGCGCGACACCGUUACGCGCAACAAUGAACGUAUCAAGAAGCGCGACGCUGGCAAGGAGGAUGAUGACGAGGAGAAGGAGUACCGCGACCAAGGUUUCUGUCGCGCGAGCGUGCUUGUGUUGCUUCCCCUGCGCAGCGCCGCUAUGGCCUUCGUGAAGCAGCUGCUGGAGCUGCUGCCUGCGACUGUGGACACGUUCCACAACAAGGACCGGUUCUUUGGUGAGUUUGGCAGCGCAAAGGACGAAGACGACGACGAGGACGAACCGUCCAAGGAUGAUGGCAAGAAGGAGUGGCAGCGCGUGUUCGACGAGGGCAACAACGACGAUUGCUUCCAGUUGGGUCUGUCCUUCUCCCGCAAGGCAGUGCGAUUCUACAGCGAGUAUCACCACGCGGACAUUAUCAUCGCCUCGCCUCUAGGACUGCGCCAGCAGCUCGGUGACGAAGUCGCGUUGCUGGACGAAGCCGAAGCCAGUGACGACGUGAAGCUGUCGAGCAACUUUCUGUCGACUAUCGAGGUGUGCAUUGUAGACUCGGCCAGCCUCAUGGCCAUGCAGAACCUGGAGCACUUGCGCACGGUGCUGCGUGCUACGAACUUGCAGCCCAAGGAAGCUCCUCACGCAGACUUUGCUCGCGUGCGCGAGUGGAACUUGGCCUUCCUGGCUUCGUACUUCCGACAGACGGUCGUGUUUGCGCAUGGCGUGGAGCCCGCGCUCAAUGCGCUUGUGAACAAGACGUGCAGGAACAUUUCUGGAGUUGUCAAGUAUGUUCGCCGCUACGACGCUGCCGAUGGCUCGGCCUCGAUCUCUCGCGUGGUGCCGCAGGUGAAGCAGAUCUUCCAGCGCGUGGACCUGGACCACUCUGGACGCCUCACAGCCAAGGACGAGGUGGAGCUGCGUUUCGCCUACUUCAAGAAGCACGUGUUCGAGCCGCUGCUGGAUCACCCUCGCAAGCACGUCCUUAUCUUCAUCCCGUCCUACUUCGACUACGUGCGCGUGCGCAACCUGUUCAACGACACAAUGAACAAGAAGCUGAUCCGCAGUGUGCAGUGCUGCGAGUACACGACGAGCAAGCAGGUGUCUCGAGCGCGUACGACCUUCUUCCACGGCCACUGCCACGUGAUGCUGUACACGGAGCGCUUCCACUUCUACCACCAGUACCAGAUCCGCGGCGUGCACCAGCUCAUCUGGUACGGCCUGCCCGUGAUGGGGGACUUCUACGCCGAGAUGAUGAACAUGCUGCCGAGCAGUGACACGACAGGACACAACGACGACGGAUUCGCGGAUAGCACGGACGGCAAGUCUUCGAUCGCGUUGUUCACGCGUCUGGACCUGCUGCGAAUGCAGCGAAUCGUGGGCAACAAGCGCGCAGAGCGGAUGUGCCAGCCCAAGGCGGCCAAGCCCACGUUCCUCUUCUGCUAA